AUUUAGUAUUAGCAGAUUAGUGCGUAGCGAAAGCAAGCGUCAAACUUAUCUGCAGUUGUUGUGAGCUGAUUUGGCUAGUAUUUUCUUACUCUUCUUAAAAUCUCUUACCGAGCCUAUAGAAUAGGCAAUCAUGGCUGAGGAAAUCAGCACCAACUUCGAAGCAUUCAAUGAACAUUUGUCAAAGGAGCAAGAUAAAAGAGAGGAGAUUCGUACCAUUGUUCGUGAAUUGGAGCAAACCGGAAGAGAGAUUAUGACUGUACUGAAUGCCAUACAUCAGGGCAGUGGAAUUAAAGAAGUUCCUCAGAUUUGCAAGAGAAGUAGAGAGUUGUUUCAGACAGUCAGAUCAAAAAUAGCUCUCCUAGCUGCUGCCUUUCCUGUAGAUGAAUAUUACAGGUUCCAUGAUCACUGGAAAUAUGGUAUUCAAAGACUUGCCUUCUCAGCAUCCCUUAUAAUCUUUCUUGAACAUGAAAGAUUAGCAACGAGAGAGGAGGUAGCAGAAUUGUUGGGAGUUACUGUGAAGAAAUCUGAUGGAUUCCACAUUGACUUAGAAGAUUUCCUUCAUGGCGUGUUAUCAUUAGGAAAUGAAUUGUCGAGACUGGCAGUCAAUAGUGUUACAUCAGGCGAUUAUAGUAGACCCAUUCGCAUCUCGGCCUUCAUGGGAGAGCUGAAUUCUGGUUUCAGGCUCCUGAAUCUAAAGAACGACUCGCUCCGCAAGCGAUUCGACGGACUCAAGUACGACAUCAAGAAGAUAGAGGAGGUGGUCUACGACAUCUCUAUCCGCGGUCUCAGACCCGCGGCCCUAGAUGCGAAGGCGGAUCCAUCCGUAGAGACAGCUGCGGCACAAGGAGAAAAAUGAGCGAGGGGGUGACUUUGGAGUUGGAAAGAGGAAGAAGUGUUGAUGGCAUGGGCUGAUGCAAAAUGAGAAGGGAUUGCGUGCAUCAAUGCAAAGUUUGACAGAGUAAAUCGGUUUUAAAAAAUGAAGUAGAGACUGAAAAAAUACAUUGUAACAAAAGAAGAGAAAAUGGUUACUAAUUUGAGUGUAGAAAGUAAACUACAUUUUUUGGCAUCUUUCCUGUCCCUUUUCAAUAGUAAAGUAACUAUUCUUGCCCCUUAAUUUGUUUGUUCAUCAAUUUGUUUUCCAUUUUGAAAGGUGUUUAAUUGUAUUAUCAUAGUUUGUCCAACAUUCCAGACCUAACAUGCAAUUUGACGUUAUGACCCUUUUGAUGAAUGCUCCAAUCGUGAUAUUUGGUUUAAAUUGAGAGGGGGAUUAUGGAAAGAAUAAUAUGGCUACAUGGACCAUGGCAGAAACCAAAAUAAAGUUACCGGUAGACAUGUCAAAUUCUUACAAAGUGUUCCUGUAGGUGUUUAUAAUUGUGUGCUAUUGUAAAGAAAUACUGAUGUGGGAUUGGCAUUCGAAACAUUACAGGAUCUGUCAGUCCAUAAAGAAAGAUAUAUAUUUCAUGUGACCCUGGGAUAUUUCUAGGUCCUCAUAGCUACACAUUUAAAGGGCAAUCCAACCCUUGUAAUAAGUCAUUUUAAUGAGAGCAGAAAAUCUGAGAAACGGAAUGGUGAAAGUUUAAAAUAAAUCGGACCACUGAUAAGAAAAUUGGGAGAAAAAAUUGUGAUGGUGAUGCAGUGAUGGAUAAGUCUCCCAUUUGUUUUGUACCAAAAUAUCGCUAACUUCUGUUUUUCUCCCAAGUGCCUUCACCCUUGGGGCACUACUCAUAAUAUAUUAUGGGGAGUAUAUUAUUACAGGUCAUCUAAAAAGAAAAGACCACCCCAAGUCAUUUUUUGUAAAUUUUAAACUUUAGUCAUUUUGUGGGUUGGAAUGGGAAAGUUGUACGCCACUACAUCACAGAGACAUUCCUGAUUCAGCCAAUUUGAAGAGGCCAUACCUACAGUGAUUGUAGCUUUCAAAAAUGAUUUUCUCAAUUUUGGUCUAAUUUCAUUCAAACUUUUACAAAUAUGCUUCUCUGAUUUUUGAGCUUCUUCUUGAGUAGUUUGCUAUCAAGGUUGGAUUUCCCUUCAAUUGUGCGAAGAAUUAUGUUUCUUACUCGAUUCCUUACACCAGAAAAAGAAAAUACAAGUGCAACUAUCUCAACGAUGGUAACGGUUAAUUAGGCACAUUUGAGUAAUGUUGAGGAACCUGACAAAGUGUGUUAAUUCAGUAUAGGAGAAUGUUAACUUUGUUGGAAACAAUGCACUGUGUAAUAUUGGCAGUAAGUACAGAAAGGAAAGGUAUAUUAAAAAAGAGCCAAGAUACUAUCUAGUCUUAUCAUCCGUAGAAUAGGUCUUUUUGUUCUCAGAAGUGUUCUGCAAUGGUUCUUCCCAUACUUAGUCAUACAUGAAAGCUUAAAGGGAUAGAUGGAUUUCAGGCAUAUUGAAUAUGAAAGGACAGAGACCUUUGCCCAACCUGCCCAAUUGGUCUUGCAUUAUAUCCAGUGGUAGCCAUAUGCCGCUGUCUUUCGCUUCGAGAUGAGCCUUACUUUAUGGACGUAUAUGUUUGUUCCCAAACAAGGGGCGUAAGUACCGGGAGUGGGUUUUUUUUGGGGGGGGGGGGCAAGGAUGGAAGGAGAAAGGGAGAGUGGAUAGAGGAAGCCAUUCCAAGCCUGAGGGCAAUUAUUGUUUAAGACAAAAGUGAACAACUUGAAUAAAAUGCAUGUAAAGUGGUUUAUCAAACUA